GUGGGGGUCGGCGAUGAGGCACUUAUGACCUCUCUUGCCCAUGUGGCAACUCAGCCUGAGUGCGACCAUCAGAUACGGGUCGACCAAUUUGUCUCCUUGAGCAGCAUCGCUCAACAGACACAGUUCAAAAUAUGCAGAGAACCCAUGAUUGCCCUGGGAGCGGCUCGCUGUCGUCUGGACGAGUGUCGCAACAUAGCUUUCCCGAUGACCUCACCAAAUGACAGUCAGAGCCACCACCACCUGCAGCAGCGGAAUAAUCUACGUCUCCACUCGCAGCCCGAGGCCCACCGGAAGUUUCUGGGAUGCGAAGGACCUGGUUGUGGACGCUACUUCCAACGCAGCUCAUGCGUCGGUCUCUGGCAUCUCGCCAUACGUUUAUGCAAAAUUCACUGAGGUCACUCCUGGGGCUUCAAGCUGCUACGCCGUGAUCGAAGCGUACGACGGAUUAACAACACCAGUGUACCAGCCUACAUUACCGACAUUUUACUAUCCGAAUCCGAAUCCUUGCCAAGCGCUGGGUAGAACAGAAGACCGGUUUGCCUAUCCAUUUAACACCCGCAUGUUCAUACAAUGCGAUCUGCAGGACAGGAUGUACCUGACCAUAUGCCCACCUGAAGUGCCUACCUUCGACCCAAACUGCAAAUUCUGCGUUGGACCGAGCGUACCUUCCCUAGCCAGCUGCACUCCAGGGACCAAUGACUUAUGUGGUCUCUCAUCUAACCCCUGCACCAAGUACAACCUGCUCAACAACAACUACUUCUUUGCGUGCCCCAGAGACAGCAGAGAGUACCUGCAGUGCGACCCUUGGGGCAAUCCCCACUUGCAGUUUUGUCCGUUGUCAGCGGUGUGGCAACAGGACCAGCUGAGCUGCGUGAUGCCAUCGGUGUCUGGCCACUGUGUCGGCAGCUCCCUGUAUGAACCCGACCCCACUGAUCCCCACAGUUAUUAUUUGUGCUACAACCAUCAGGCUUACCAUUUGACGUGCUAUCCUCCCACAUACAUAUGGAACCAGAUGUUGAACAGCUGCCAGACUACGAUCAUCUUCACCACCCCUACCUCUACCCCCACCACCUACACUAUCGGCAGCCAUAUCCCCAUUGGCUCCGUUAGGUAUGGGUACCCGUGUACCCGUGAAAACAUCGCGGCAGACAGGCUGUACUUCCCGUACGCCCAAGACGAGACCAAAUACAUCCAGUGCGACCUAUGGGGGGAUGCUUUCCUCAUGACCUGCCAGCCGGGCUUCCACUUCCUUGCCGAGUCCAGCACUUGUGUCUAAUCAGACAACAGUCAUCCUUGCAAACUGCUAUACUUUCAUGUCCAGCUCAUUUCAGAUGUCUGUACCUUGUAACGGAACGUAUACAGGCGCGUCAGUUAAAUUCCAGAGAACUGCGCUCACUAUUUCUUCUUUGUUGAACUGCACAGUUCAGUUGAAGGGUAUGCAAACGAUUAACAAGUAUAGUUCCUCCAUUUCACACACGAUAGUUUCGCUGAAAAAAGACUAGAAAAAGGUCAGAAGUAGAAAAUCUCCACGGCUUUACCUUUGUCAAUGGCCCGCUCAGAGGUGAAAAUUACAGAAUAAAUGUUAUUUGGUUUAUUAUGCAAUAAAUGUUUCUGGACUUGCUACAAGAUUUAUACAGACGAAUAAUGCGAGUGAUAAUGCGAAUGCCAGAUAGUGGAAAUAUGUACAUUUUGCUUAUUACAGAUUUUAUUUUUGUCUGUUAACAUCGAAGAAAAUAAACUCAAUGUUAAAAAUGUG